UAGCAAGAAAUCUAUAUUGAGGAAAAGUAGAGGCCUGAGGACCCCAUCUGUUUCUUUUGCGCUUGAACAGCUCAAUCAGACCCUCUGCGUUUUCCCCUUUGAAGAUUCCUCACUUGCCUCUUCUAUAAAUAACCUUCCCUCACUUCACACUCCUUUUUCUCUUACCAUAUCACCCUUUUUCUCUCUUUCUUUCUUUUCUUUCUAUCUCCCCUUCUUGUUUCCUGAUUUCUUUGAUAAGUUCUCAAAAGCCGAAAAGAAUUUUAAAUAAAAUGGAAAAUGUUGAAGACAAAUACAACUCACCUUUGAAAUCCCAAAAGCUUUUCAUUGGGGCACAGAUUUGCUUGAGAAUUGUAACAAUUGGAGCAACAUUAGCUGCAACUUGGAUAAUGGUCACUGAUAAGCAGUCCAUCACAUUUGGUGAUUUUGUUAUGGUUGCUAAAUAUAACUACUCCUCUGCUUUCAAGUUCUUUGUUCUCGCAAAUGUGAUUGCAUGUGCCUGCUCUGUUGUUUCCUUGCUGUUCCUCUGCGCUCUUGGUCGUUACAGCUCAAAUCCUGGCCAUGUUUUCUUGCUGUUCCUGCAUGAUUUGCUUAUGAUGUCGCUGGUUCUUGCUGGAUGUUCUGCAGCGACGGCAAUAGGUUUCUUGGGAAAAUAUGGUAAUACGAAAUCCGGAUGGAUGCCAAUCUGUGAUCAGUUUGGGCAAUUUUGUAACAGAGGAACAAUUUCUAUGAUGCUUUCUUACUUGUCCAUGGUUUGCUUGCUAAUCCUUACUGUCACUUCUGCAAACAAGUCUAGGCAAAUACAUGUGUAGGAUUUGAAUGAAAAUGAACUUAGGGUUUUAUGUCUAGUCUAGAAAUAAAAAGAUGAAAAGAAGGACAACAGAACUUAGAGAUAAAUGGUAGCGGAAGUGGUUUCUAUUGUAAACUUGUAGCGGUUGCCUUCUUCAAUAUGUAAGGGAAUCAACUCUGUUGUUUUCUUUCUCUA